AGAAUCACCCGCAAUGGAAUCCGUUACCAAGGUUGAAGAGACUGCAGCUGUCGACCUAGACGCUUUACUGGACGCUGGGGAGGGCCUCAUGGUGACUCUCGUGGCAGGAGAGACGCGGCUGAUGGCGCGCAGGGCCGUCCUGGCAGCGAGGAGCCCCGUCUUCAGCGCAAUGUUCAGCCACGACACGCUGGAGUCCAGCAGCAAUGAGGUCACCAUAACAGACGUGGAGGGUCCGGUGCUAAGAGAGCUACUGGCCUACUGCCACACACUGAGGACUCCACAUCCGUCCAGCAUGACUCCCCAAGUUCUGGCAGCAGCAGACAAAUACGAUUUGUCGGGAUUGAAGACAGUGUGUGAGCAGCAGCUGGUUUCUCUGCUGACUGUAGAGUCAGCGGCGGCCACAGCAGUGCUCGCUGUCAGGCACACAUGCCCCAGCCUCACGAAAACCGCCGUCGCCUUCAUAAAGGCCAACUUCCAGGUGCUGGCCACUCAGGGUUGGGCCAAUGCUGUGCACAACCAGCCCAAGGAUGUGGUCGAAGUGUGUUGGCUACUCGGGCAGCCACCGACAAAAAUCAGGAGCGGUUUUGGAGAGGAGGAAACCAGGAGACUGAUCGAGGCGUUUGAGGAGGGGGAUGUAGAGGAGCUGCUGGAACUCAUCGCGGCAGGGGCGGAUGUGAGGACGAGGGAUAGUGAUGGGAUGACCGCCCUGCACUUCUUUGCAGAGAUGGGAUACGUGGAGGUAGUGAGGAGUCUGGUGGAGAGAGGGGCAGAGGUUGACGCCAGAAACAGCAGUAACGAGACGCCCCUGCACUUCGCUGCAAUCGGUGGCCACUCACCUAUUGUGCGGCUGCUGGUAGCGUGUUCCGCUGACGUCAACGCAAGGAAUUGUUACGAGAGAACACCGCUGCAGUUUGCUGCGUGGCAUGGGUACGAAGAGACGGCAGCGUUUCUGGUGGAGGCGGGAGCCGACACGGAAGCUAGGGAUAAAGAUGGGAGAACCUACCUCAACUGACAACCAGGAGUAUGGAUGCCAUCAUAUAACUAACAGUUCAAUUGAAUAUCUAUGAUAUAAAACAAAUAAUGCUUCACUA